CGGACUUUUGAUCCACAGUAUUAAUCUUACAUAAUGCUUGCAACAACACUUGUUCUGGUCGGGCUGGUGGCACUGACCGCCUCAUUUCCGUCGGCAGAUAAAACUCGGAUUGUGAACGGCUCAACGGCUUCUAAUGGGCAGUUUCCGUACCAGGCACUGUUGAAAAUUCAGCUUCCGCAGGGUCGUGCUCUCUGCGGUGGCAGCUUGCUGAGUGAACAGUGGGUCCUUACGGCCGGGCACUGUACACAGGGAGCGACUUCUUUCGAGGUUACUCUUGGGGCAGUUGAUCUGGAUAACGUUUCCGAAGAUGGCCGUAUCAUUCUUACCGCCACGGAAUACUACCGUCACGAGAAAUACAAUCCUUUAUUUGCGGCAAAUGAUGUUGCAGUGGUUAGACUUCCGGAACCGGUACAGUUGAACGAGCGUAUCCAACCAGUGAAGUUACCAAGCGGAAGUGACUCUUACGCCGAUCGUAGGGUUGUCGUCAGUGGAUGGGGCCUACAACAGAAUGGAGGAAGUGUUGCACAAAAGCUGCAGUAUGCCCCGUUGACGGUCAUAACGAACAGCAAAUGUAUGAAGACCUACAAUCCGUUGGUGAUCAGGAAGACAACUUUGUGCGCCCAAGGCAGUGAGAAGCAGUCUCCGUGCAACGGAGAUUCUGGUGGUCCGUUGGUUUUGGAAGGCAGCUUCGUCCAGGUGGGAGUGGUGAGCUUCGGCCAUGCCAGCGGAUGUGAACGUGGCUUGCCGGGAGCUUUCGCUAGAGUGACAUCCUUUGUAGAUUGGGUAAAGCAAAAAACUGGAUUGUAAUGGAGUGUGUAUUUUAAACUACCUCACUAAUUUGCUAUGAUUUGAAUUGAAUAUAAAGUUUGUAAAAUAAAAUAUAUUGUUUUGUAUUAAAUAUAAAAUAAAGCAAAACAAAUAUGUCGUA